AUGCCGGUCUUGUCACCCCCUAGCGACACGACAAUACCCAAUCUAGCGACGCCUGCUGUUGUACGCAAGCCAGCGAGCUGGUCUGAUAUCCUCAAGAAGUCAUUGCCGCCCACCGGUCCCAAUCAAGCUGCUACGAAUGGGUUGACGCCCUUGUCGAGCUUGCUGACCACUUGGGAUCCUGCAACUCUUGCGAAGUCACCAAUCAUUCAGCCGCGAGGUUUGGUUAAUCAGGGCAAUAUGUGCUUCAUGAAUGCUGUGCUACAGGUGCUUGUUUACUGUCCGCCAUUCUACAACCUAUUUGCCAGUAUAGGGAAACGGGUUGUUCAGCAAAUUGGCAGCACAACACCCCUGAUGGAUGCGAUGGUCAUGUUCAUUCAAGAAUUUGAAUUGCUCUCUGGCCAGAUGGCGCUCGAAGAUAUCGGCGAGGCCUUUUCACCAGACAACGUCUAUCAGUCCAUGCGUGGUAAUUCUCGAUUCAACAGCAUGCAGCGAGGUCAUCAAGAAGAUGCUGAAGAGUUUCUCGGAUUCUUGCUCGAUGGCCUGCAUGAGGAAUUUGUUACUGCCAUGAAGCCACCUGGUCAGAUGAAUGGGCACAGCCGGCAAAGCAGCCAGCAGGACAAUGCCAGCGUGACGGAUGAGUGGCUCGAAGUGGGUAAGAAACAGAAGCUGGCCGUGACGCGCACAUCCACGAUCACUGAAUCUCCCAUCUCAAGCAUCUUUGGUGGCCAUAUGCGCUCCAUCCUGAAAAUCACUGGUGCAAAGGACAGCGUUACUUUGGAACCCUUCCAACCACUACAGCUUGAUAUCCAGUCUGAGGAUGUCUCAACAAUAGAAGAUGCGCUACGGAAACUGCCAGAACCAGAGAUCCUCAGUGACAGCUGGACGGAUGCGAGUGGUCAGCAAGUGUCGGCUACGAAACAAGUUUUUAUCGAAACACUGCCACCUGUGCUCAUCUUACACUUGAAACGGUUCCUAUACGACAACGUUGGUGGUACGCAAAAGUUUUGGAAGCAGGUCGGAUACCCCCUUGAGCUGGAAAUGCCCUCACAAGCACUGUCACCGGCGCGGCGAGGUAUUGUGCGCACGACGUACAAGCUCAUUGGUGUCGUCUACCAUCAUGGCUUGAGUGCUUCAGGUGGACACUACACAGUCGAUGUGCUUCGCCAAGAUGGCAAGAGUUGGAUUCAUCUGGACGAUACGAGUAUCUCCCCUGUUGAAGCGAAAGAUGUGGCUGUGGAGGUGGAUCGGAGUCGGCAUACGCUGGGUCGACCGAGCAAGCUGGCUUACAUCUUACUCUAUGGGCGCGUAUGA